UGAGAGAAGAGAGGCCCCUCUGGUUGGCAGAUUGUGCUGUGGCUGCCCCGACGGGCUUGUGAUCGUCCGAAUAAAUACCAUGUUGAUUUCCCCUUGCGCUUCUUGACUCGUCGCGCCUAUUCUUUUUAACCUUUGCGCGCCGCUUCGCACAACCUCUCGCCUCUCCUCCCCCCUCACGCACGCACACAGUCUUGUCUGUGCCGUCAUCUUCUCGAUUGUUGACUUCACUCUGUCGCAGUGUCGUAGGGUCUUUCUCCCUUCGACACACUGAGCGCAGCUUUGAGCACUUACACGAGGAAAAGAGCCGCAACAAUGCUCAACUUCCGAAGAAAGAAGUCGGCAGAGUCCGAGGCAACGGCGCAAGAGACCGUCGCCGUCGACGAUGCGCCCCGCCAACCGUUCCGGAAGGCCAUUGUGCCCGUCAUUGCCUGCGGCGCCGGUCUCUUCUCCGACGGCUACAUCAACAACGUCAUCGGAUCCGUCACCACGAUCCUCGCACUGCAGUACGGCGACCUCUACAAGAACUCCAACGCCAAGAAGUACGUCGGCGACAUCGCAUUUGCCGGCACCGUCGUGGGACAGCUCGCAUUCGGCUGGCUCGCUGACCACUGGUCGCGAACCAACUCGCUGCUCGUGUCGACCGUCAUCCUGCUCGUCUUCACUGCGCUCGCCGCCGGAUCCUAUUACAAGGGUGACGAUAUCGGCAUGUUCAACAUCCUGGCCGCAUGGCGAUUCUUUGUCGGUAUCGGCAUUGGAGGAGAGUACCCCGCGGGUAGCGUCGGCGCAGCAGAGUCCACCGGCGAGCUAAAAUCGGGCUCGAGAAACUUGUGGUUCAUCAUGUUCACAAACACCAUGAUUGAUUGGGGUUUCGUAAUUGGCGCAUUCGUGCCAUAUGUUGUCGCAGCCGCUUGCCACAAUGGUCACUACAGCACCAUCUGGCGCACCAGCUUGGGCAUCGGUGUCGUGUUCCCCAUGUUCCUCUUCGCCCUCCGUCUCUUCGUCAAGGAGCCCGAAGCAUCGACCAAGAACUCCAUGCGCUACGCGAAGACGCCCUACCUUCUCUCACUCAAGUUUUAUGGAUGGCGCCUCUUCGUCGUCAGCUUGAUCUGGUUCAUCUAUGAUUUCUCCGCUUACUCCUUCGGUAUCUACUCCUCAACAAUCUUGAGCAAUCUGUAUGGAGAUACGGCCCCGCUCACCACCGUCUUCGGCUGGAACACGGUCAUCAACCUGUUCUACAUCCCCGGAACCAUGCUUGGCGCCCCGGCCUCGGACUGGCUUGGUCCUCGCUACGCCCUCGCCCUCGGUGUCUUCCUGCAGGCCGUCGUCGGCUUCAUCAUGGCCGGCGACUACUUCAACUUGUCGCAGCCCGGCAUGGUCGGCGGCUUUGUCGUCGUCUACGGCAUCUUUUUGGCGCUCGGCGAGUUCGGUCCCGGUAACAACAUCGGUCUGCUUGCCGCAAAGACUUGCGCGACGGGCAUUCGCGGCAAGUACUAUGGUGUCGCCGCUGCCAUUGGCAAAAUUGGCGCUUUCGUCGGUACUUGGGUUUUCCCGUACAUCCAAGCAGCCGCCGGUGACAACGCCGUCGCCUCCGCCCAAUACCCCUUCUGGGUAUCCUCCUCGCUUUGCGUCUUGUCCGCCGCCCUCGCGAUUUUCUGCCUGCCGCACAUCGGGCAAGACACUAUUGCACUCGAGGACGCGCGCUACCGCGCUUACUUGGAGGCAAACGGCUACGACACCCGUCAGCUCGGCAUGAAGAGGGGCGAGAGCUUCGAGAACACCGAUGCUGAGAUUCCUGCUGAGGGUAUGACUGAGACUUCCAAGAGCGAGAAGGUUGCGGCUUAGAGGCACCCCAAUCCGAACUCGAAUGCUGUUUACCUGGAGAUGUACGUAUGGAUUUUGCUAUUGCAUGAUAGCUGGCGAGUGAAGAUAUCAUGGUGAUGAGUGCAUGUAGAUAUAUGUGGGAUGGGACCAGAUCUGAAGAGCCGCGAUGAUACCACUUCCGAAUUAAACCUGUCC